CGCGCUCCUGUUGCCAUGGGCACCGCAUCGGGCCCGCAGCGGGAGCCGGGGCCGCAUCUCCGGUCCCGCCGGUGCCCAGCAGGAAACGGGGACAGCCGGGGACACCCUCCCGGUGCCACCCUCCCGCUGCCCUCGGGAACGCGGCUCGGUAAACAAUGGAGCCAGAGGUAGAAGUGAAUGAAGAUUUCAAAAGCCAGUUUAAGGCUUAUCAGGAGCAACAGCAAAGGCGGCUGAAAAGUUUGAUGGAGGCCAAGAAGGAGAAGCAGGACAGGCAGAAGAACACUGGCAGCACAAAGGAGACUGUAAGAGCCCUGAGUGAUCUAAACCUGUUUCAAAAAGGACCUCCUGUAAAGGAAGAUGCCAGCAAAAGUUUCCUUGAGACUGAGAAUGAGCAGCUGCAGGAUCAGCUCCGAGAGCUCCGGGAUGAGAACUGCAGGCUCUACAGACUGAUGGCAGAGAAAGAUUUUGAAAUAAAGGAGCUCCAGAAAAGAGUCCGGGAGGAGAGGUUGGCUCUGUCAGGGGUGUCUGGUUUAGCUGGAGACGUGGCUGCCACUAAAAUAGUUGAGUUGGCCAAAAGGAACCGGGAGGUGACUGCUGAGUUUGAGAGUGAGAGAGCCAGAGUGAAGCAGCUGAAUUACAGAGUCAAGGAGCUGGAGAGAGAACUACAGGCAGCUGCAGAAAAAGUCCAUUCCCUUGGUGGUGAUGCUGCAGGAAUCAAGGAAUCAGCUCUGAAAAAGCUGGAAGGAAACUUGGCUGAAAAUCCAGAGGUGAAAGCACUACAAGAAAAAUUGAGCACAGCCAACGUAAAAGUGACAGAAUAUCGAAACCAGCUCCAGAAUUUGAAACAGGAACUGAAGCUGACCCAAAAGAUUUUAGCCAAAGAAGUUGGGGAAGAUGUGAACAUCCAAAGUCUCUUGACCAAUUCUAGCAGCUGGCGUGGGCGAGCUCAGCAAAUUCUCCUUCUCCAAAGCAAGGUUCACGAGCUGGAGCAUAAACUGAAUCACCAAAAGAUCAGAGCUUCACUGCUGCAGAUGGAUGAGGGGUUGCUGGCAUUUCCUGAUCCAAGGAAAUUGUCAGUCCAGGAGAAGAACUUGCUGAAGAUUCGCAGCUUGGAAAAAGAAAAGAAGGAAUCUUUGGAGAAACUCUCUGAGCAACACAACACUCUCCAAAAAAGCCAUGAGGAAUUGAAAAAAAAACUUGAUGCCUCAAGAGCCAGGAACCAAAUGCUGUGUGGAGAAGUGAAGAUGCUGAAGGGACAGAUUGGAACCUUGCUGGAGAAAGGGAAACACGAUGAUGAGCUCAUAGAUGCCUUGCUGAGCCAGCAGAAGCAAAUGCAGGAGAUCUUGAAGGGCCUGAGCCAGAAGAAGGAUGAGAACAAGGAGUCUGAGCAGACGAUGGACCCUGAGAAUCAGAAACUAAGUGUCCUGAUAGAUGAGCUCAGGCAGUUGGUGGCUGACAGAGAAACAAAGGUUAAAACUCUAGAGGAGGAGAUUGGGCAGCUCACACAUCAGGACAAGUCAGGAGCUGCUCAUCCACCACACUCUGAGCACUCAGGAUCACCUGAGGCUGGAAGGACAAAAUCUGCCUGGUCUGCUGGCACACACAGCUUGAGCUGGAAAGUGCUGCUGGGAGAGCUCAUAACACAGAUAACUCUGUGCCAGGCUGCUGAAGAGAAGAAGGAAAAGCUCCUGGAGCUGGUGGCUGUGCUGCAGAAAAGGGUGGAGGAAAGCAGCGACAAAGUCUUGGAAACUGAGAAGAAGCUCCAGGAGGAGCAGUGGGAGAGUGACAGCUUGGAACAGGAGCUUGAAAAGCUGCAGGUAGAUCCAGGGAGCAGCACAACUGCCCAGGAGCCUGCCCUGAGGAGCAGAAAAGCCCAGCCCAGCCUCCCCUUGCAUGAGAGUGACAGAGAGGAGCUCUCUUCAUCCCUGUCUGAGCUGCCCCUGGAGUCUCAGGUGGAGGAGCUGAGCAGGAGGCUUGGCUUCCAGGUGGAUGAGAACACAAGUCUGAAGGCUGCUCUGAAGGACACUGUGACAGCCAAAGGGGAUGAUUUUUAACUGCACCAAGGCACAGUGGAGGAAGUGAGGGAUAGGUUUGCAGAGGCUGUUCAGCACCAUACACCAGAGAAGAGUUAAUCCAGAUAUUGCCAGUCCUUUGGGCUGCAGAGCAGGGACAGAGCCCAGGCAGCAGUGUCAUUCUGCAGCCUCAGAUUGUGUCACUUCUUCAGCAUUUGCAGGAGAGCAUGAGAAGCAGAGAUGAAAUACAAAAAGUGAAGGUUUUAUGUGUCAGCACUUUCUGUCUCUGAGGCUUGGCAAGCAGGGCUGGUGGGUGUUGUUUGGGAAGCUGCAAUUCUGCAGGGGGAUUUGGGACA